AAAAAAAAAAAAAAAUCGCUUUCCUCGUUCGGUUCUGUUUGACCUGUGCCGGCCCCCGUACUGCUGAAGCGGUGUUGACUGAUGUGUCAAAAUGGCAGAGCAAACAACACUAGAGAGCCUGCUGGAGAUGGGCUUUGAAAGAAACAGAGCGGAAAAGGCGGUGGCCAAGACAGGAAACCAGGGAAUAGAACAAGCAAUGGACUGGUUGAUGGAACAUGAGGACGACCCAGACAUCGAUGAGCCCUAUGUGCCGCCUGUAGGAAACGUCCUGGGAGGAGGAAAUGCAGACAGCCAGUCCACCACAGAACAGCCGACACUAGCAGACACCGCUGAAGGAAUAGCAAAUGCAGAAAACACCUGCAUCGAUAGUGAGACAGGUGCAAGGAGGCCACUGACAGAGGAGGAGAAACUUGAGCAAGUUAGAAGGCUAGAGGAGCUGAUGCGGGUGAAGCAGGCGGAGAGAAGAGAGCGAGAGCGGGAGGAAGAGCUCGAGAGGGAGAAGCAGCGGAGGAAACAGGGCCAAGAGCUGCAGCAGAUACGCCAAAAGCUGCAGGAUGACGAUAUGAAAAAACUCGCUGAGCUGCGCAGGAGAGAGAAGAUGGAGGACAAACUGGCAAGGCAGAGGGUGAAAGAAAAGAUUGCACGCGACCGAGAGGAGAGAGCACAAAAGUUCGGAGGCGGUGGAACACCGAGCACAGCCGCAGCAUCCCAACCUGCCCAGCCCAGCCCCUCGUCGCCCACCAGUCACGGCCCUCCACCCACUAAGAAGGAGUAUGAUGAGUCCAGGAUACAGGUCCGUCUGCUGGACGGCUCGACCAUCGCCACAGUCUUUAAGGCCCAGGAGCCGCUGGCAGCAGUGCGCGUCUACGUGCAGAUGAACAGCAACGUGCCCGAGGGUCAGGACUUCACGCUGCUGUCGCUGUACCCCCGCCACGUAUACACCGAACUGGACAUGGAGAAGCCCCUCAAGGAACUGGGUUUGGUGCCUUCAGCUGUGCUGGUUGUUACCAAAAAGUGAGAUCAGGAGGAUCCGCUCUGUGAGCCUACCUCACCACCUCCACUGCAUCAACACGUGAAAGAUAUCGAUCCAGGAACAGAGCCGCCAACGAUCAGUAUCUCUCAAUAAGCCAGCUAACUGAACUGAAGCAGAAAAGACGCAGCUCGAGGCUUCGUUCAGAUUGUGUUUUAACUAAUUUUAAGACGUUUUUUGGAGAGCUAUAGUGUAAUACUGUUUGGGUUAACUCACUGAAUGACGCCUUUCCUCCAUUCUGGGCUGAUUGAUUUGUUAUGGCUUGGUUUGUGUGCAGUGAGAUGGACUUUUACAAAGUGAAGAUAGCUGGCUUCUGAUGGAUACUGCUUCAUGGUUUUCAGCAACUCAUUUAUAAAAGACGAUAAAGUACAAAAAUCGUUGAAUUUUAAGAUGAUCGUUACAAAGCAAAGUACAACACUAGACCCACUCGAUCGGUUCUUCAAGGGCCUUAGAUUUAACCCCCACAAUCUUCCUGAUUUUGUGACAUGAUACUUUGCCAGUUUUUUUUUAUAAGUUAAAAUAUAUUGACAGUUAUGUCUGCAUAAUCACCAAGAAUCUACUUAAAAUAAAGCUGACUCAGAGAAUUAUAAUGGUCGACUGAAUUUUCUACAUAUCACACAUGAACAUUCCUGCCUGAAGUACCGGGAACGUUCAGUUAGUUACUUUUAGAACUAAAAUGUCCCUUCAGCUCGGUCAAAGGACCCCUGAAGAUUGGGCAUAUUAGUCCGCUGACAUGGAAAAAAAAGUGAUGCUGUUUUUAAAUGUAAGUUUUGGCGCUUUUUGCUUUUUUUUAUUAAACAACAGGGCCUGGAC